UAUCACGAGAGAAGAGGCUGUAGUCUUACGAUAAGUACUAGCGCCGACUUUGCUAGUAUUUCGAAUUGUUUGCUCGUCGUUGUGUUAAUAAAUAUAUCUAUAAAUAGAUACGACAAGUACGGAUGGACCCUUCUAGGCCGAGCGCAAGAUUCCCUGACGAACGAAGGACAAGAAUACUUUAGACGUAGAGGUCUUCUAUGCGAUCUACCGUCAUCACUAGGUCUAUUCGAGUCUGCUAUUACCGGAACUCGCCCUAGUGUCUUGCUUCCACAAAAUACCUAUCUACCCGAUAAUUCCUCCCUUAGUAAACGCAAACGAACCUACACGUUUAAAAGUGACCUUCCGAAGUAUAUUUUAUUGAAAGAUCUUCCGGACUUAGUCUGCUAUCGUGAUAUUGAACUUUUCUAUCUAAAAGAUCCUUAA